CAAAACCAUUAUGGCGUUCAAGUUACUAGCUCUAACGAUUUGUUUCGCAAUUUUACGCGCUGAAAGUUCGCCAACACCAGACGCAUCGUGUACCAUCAACUCUGUUAACGAUGUAGACAGUGUUGUAUCGAGCUGUACGUCGAUUACUGUGGGUUCUUUUACUGUACCAGCUGGUACGACAGUUAUCAUGAAUUUGAAGCAAGGUUCCACGGUAUCAUUUACUGGCACGGUUGAUUUCGCUUAUAAAGAAUCGUCGGGCUAUCUCCUUGAGAUCAUUGGAAACUCAGUCACUGUCGAGGGCACAGGAAGUCACUUGUUCCACGGACAUGGUGAGCAGUACUGGGACGGUAAGGGUGGAGCGGGCACCAAGAAACCAGUAUUCAUGUACCUAAAGGGUACCGGAUCAACUUUCAAGAAUUUCAAAAUCAAGAACUGUCCGUUGAGAUGCGUCGCUAUCGAUGGAUCGAACAACAUAGUUGUGAGCGGCUUUAUCAUCGACAAUGCCGAGGGCGCUCCGGGUACCGCAAAGAGUGGAAAGGAAGGUCACAACACCGACGGAUUUGACAUCGCCAAAUCGACGUACGUUACUGUCAAAGACGCCACUAUAACGAACCAGGACGAUUGCGUAGCUAUCAAUAACGCGCAACAUGUUACCAUUGACAAUUUCCACUGCAUAGGAAGUCACGGGUUCGACAUAGCAGCUGGAAUGUCAUCCGAUUACAAUCAAAAUAUCGUUCAGGACGUUACUUUCUCCAAUUCCAUUUUAGACGGAGGAAUGUACGGAUUACACAUUUUAGCAGUCAAUGAUGGAGGCCAAGGCAAAAUAGAUGACAUUAAAUACAACAAUAUUAAAAUAAACGGGCCGUCCGAUUACGGUGUGAUGAUCCAACAAGAUUUCUCUAACGCAAAGCAGGGAUCUACGGGAAAUCCCACAGGAAAUGUGCCGAUAAGCAAUGUCGAUAUUAAAGGCGUCACCGGAACAAUGAACGGACAAUACUCGUCGGCUGUAACCAUCAGAUGUGCGGCGUGUUCGAACAUCGUCUUUGAAUCUGGUUUUUCGAUUACCGGUGCCAAAGCCAAGGACGAAUGCAAGAACUUCCAACCUACUGGUUAUACGUGUAAAACAUAAUACUGAGCAAUAUUAAA